CUUUGAUUACAAGCACCUCCAGUCUCUUGGGAACACAGAAUCUAACACAUCGGUCGAGCUCCAUAAACAACCUCUGCUAAACCGCCUCUAGGCACCUGUGCUCAGUGUGAGAAGCAUCAGUGUCCAGGGUAUCAGGAAGCAUGGUUCUGAGACUGUCGGCUCUAUCAUGACCUUGCUGAGUGAUUUUGGCUAGAUCCUGUCCCCUCUCUGGGCCUCACAAGGAGAAGUGAAUCUUCAAGGUCCCUGUCAGCGCUGAUAUGGCACGUGACACAAAGCUGUACAUUUGAACAAACUAGAGAGCAAUUCAAGAGUGCUUAUAAUCAAGAGCUAGAUAGCGCCGGGCAGACUGAACGCUGAGAGGAUAGCCUUGUCACGCUGUAUCACUUUUACUGAUUCUGAACAAUCCAGUUUUCUGACCCUCCCCCCGGCCAUGGAAGCCCUUUUAGCUGAGUGUCCUCUAAAUGGCCUUUGAGGAAUCAGGCAGGGAGGGUGCAGCACAGAGCCUCCUGGCCUCUAUCAUUUGACACAUCCAACCCCAACAGGUGCACAGGCCCCGCCACUCUUCAGAUUUGGACAGUGGAGAGAAGGGACAGUGGCCUCAGACCCACAAAGAGCAAAGCUCCAACCCUCCAGCCCGUGGCUGGGAGGCAUUGGAAAUGCCAUUUGGUGAAGUCUGGGUUUUUCUUUGUUGUUGUUGUUGUUUUUUGUUUGUUUGUUUAAUUUUCUUAGAACCACUCGAAGAAGAUUACAGUUUCAGAUCUCAAGUAAUGGCUGCAAUCAGUCAAUCAACAAAUAUGUGCUGAGCAUUUACUGCGUGCCCAGAUUGCUGCCUAGGGUAUGGGGCUGGUGGGGGGGAAGAUGAAGGAAGUAUCCGUUGCCGUGCCAGCCCUCAGGUGGUCUGUCCAACCUGCUUAAGGCAGGAGGAGGUUCCAGUGUGGGCAAAAGUCAGAGAAGCAGCAAGUAAUGCCCCCAUCUCUUGUUUCUGUUGGGAAGGCAGUCUAAGUUUUGAGGAGGGGUAGAGCAGCUGGCCUCUCCUCCUGAUGUCUGUCCCAGGCUAUUUUUAGCCACAACUUAGGAUGGUGAGGUUGAGCAGCUGAAAGUGUACAGGGUGUUAGGACAAAGCUGGCUUGGACUGAGAAUUUGCCAUCACGGACAUAAGUGUCUAAAACUACUCCAUCCUCCAGUGUUGAGCUCAGCUCUGCCCUGACAAGGCCAGACAAAGUUAAGAGGGAAGCCAAGGCCCCAGGACAGAGUAAUGACAUGAGCAGUCCUAGGGGAAGCGCCCAAAUGCCUGAAGCUGAGAAUAAAACUUGCACCUCUAUGGAAAGAAUAUUGGGUCAAAAUGGGUUAUAGAAAGGAUAUUUCCUGCAAAAGAACAGAGAGAAAGAAAUCUGCCUCUUGUAACAACAGGUAUGUUUAUGGGAUGAUCAGGAUGAAGUGAACCAGAACUACUUAGCAGAUGAAGAGGAAGAAGCAGAAGAAGAGGCUCGGGUGAUGGUGGUACCUGAUUUGGAGGAGGAAGAGGAGGAAGAAGAGGAGGAGAAAGAAGAAGAGGAAAAGGAGGAGGCAGAGAGUCAGGCUCAGGAAACAGGCAGUGCCUGGUGGCGGAAAUGGCAGAUCGUGAACGAAUACCUGUGGGAUCCGGAGAAAAGGAUGUCUCUGGCCCGAACAGGUCAGAGUUGGAGCCUGAUCUUAGUCAUUUACUUCUUCUUCUACGCUUCCCUGGCCGCUGUGAUCACGCUCUGCAUGUACACGCUAUUUCUGACCAUCAGUCCUUACAUGCCGACCUUCACGGAGAGGGUGAAGCCUCCUGGAGUUAUGAUCAGACCCUUCGCCCAUAGCCUUAACUUCAACUUCAACGUUUCUGAACCUGACACUUGGCAGCAUUAUGUGAUUAGUCUAAAUGGCUUUCUCCAGGGUUAUAAUGACAGUCUUCAAGAGGAAAUGAAUGUAGAUUGCCCCCCGGGCCAAUACUUCAUCCAAGAUGGUGACGAGGAUGAGGACAAGAAGGCCUGCCAAUUUAAGCGCUCCUUCCUGAAGAACUGCUCUGGCCUGGAGGACCCUACUUUCGGCUACUCUACUGGACAGCCCUGCAUCCUUCUAAAGAUGAACCGGAUUGUUGGCUUUCGUCCUGAGCCUGGUGAUCCUGUGAAGGUUUCCUGCAAAGUUCAGAGAGGUGACGAAAACGACAUCCGAUCCAUCAAUUACUACCCAGAGUCGGCUUCUUUUGACCUCCGCUACUACCCUUACUAUGGCAAACUGACUCACGUUAACUACACCUCCCCGCUGGUGGCAAUGCACUUUACAGAUGUAGUGAAGAACCAAGCGGUGCCUGUGCAGUGCCAACUGAAGGGCAAAGGCAUCAUAAAUGAUGUCAUCAAUGAUCGUUUUGUGGGUAGGGUAAUCUUUACUCUGAACAUAGAAACCUAAGAACUUCGGGGGGCCACUCCCACCAGUUCUGUUUCUGUUUUAUUUCAUGUUACCCUAGUAGCACCUGAAUUCUUUUUCUUCAAUUGGGACACAGCCAAGUGGACACCUGAGACAGCAGAUCAUCUUUCCUUGCCUUUGACAUAUGUUCGAAAUGGCAUUGUGGGAGCUAUUUGAUUUUUAAAGGUAGUCUCUCCUGAUGACAAAUAGCUUAUACUAAUUUCCUUUUCUCCCACUUAAAACUAAAACCCAUUCUUGCUGCUAGAAGUCUCAUUGUAGUGUAACAUAGUAUCUGAUAAAAUUCACAGUAGCCAUGAAGGAGAAUUUCCAUAAUGAUUAUAAGUUCAUCAUGUUUUCUAAAAAUUUGUUGUUUUUAGAGGUAAGAUUCCUCCCAACCAGGCUGAUAACUAACCAUUUUUGUUAACCUGCCUGGCAAGGGCCUUCCCUGAGAAUCACCAACCAGACCAAUCCAGAAUACAACCUAGGGCCACCAUACCUAGGGAACUCUACAUCCAGGUGUGCUUGUGAAACUGGCUGCCUCACAUGGACAACUAAAUACUGAUUCACAGACUAGGUUAUCUUCAACUGGGACAGAAGUCAGUGAUAACUGGAUAUUGUCCUGGGAUAGACCAGAACAUAGACCUUCCCUAUAACUUUUUUUGGGAGGUGAGGCCCAUUGCAACUGGGGAGAACACCUACCAUGUGGAGGUGACUGGUAUUAGAUUCCUUGCUUUAUGGUGUAAUCAUCCAAAGGCAAAUGUUCCUGCAGAAAGGUUUGUCUCAGCUUCAGACACAGGAAGAUAACAAGGAAGAUCUCCACCAACUAAUUCUUCUUGAGCUCUUUGUUUGACAGUAGUGUGACGUUCUUUGAGACCAUGAGGGAUAGGUGUGUUGACUGUCCCCGCCCACACCUCGCUACAGAGCUGGGGAUUGAAAUCAGGGUCUCCCAACCGAUACGUGGUAAGACAGAAAGCUCCUGCCAGGCCACCCUAAAUUCAAGGCCCACUAGCCAGCUUUUCACUUGCUUAAAAAAUGACAGGAGGCAGAUGUUUAUCCAGGUUGUGGAUCAGCCAGGCUGCUUUGUCUUAUCUUUGGCCAUGUGACCAUUCCACUCCUCCUUAACACCUCCACCAGGGGGAGGGCUGGGACAAGGAGAAAAAGAAAGCAUCAGAGAAGAGCAUAGUGUCUCAGGGUCCAAAGCAGGGUUAAAUGCCACCUAGAAGUAUCCAGAGUCUGAAUCUCCUCUACAAUGUUUACCUUCUCCCAGAACAGGGAACUGACGGUCUGGUAGUGAAGACAGACAAGUAAGGAAGUAACUACAAUAUAGUGUGACCAGAGUUAUAAUACUAGUAUGUGGAAAUGCUGUGGGAACACGAGGAAAAGUAAGCUGAGAAAGUAGCAGAGGAAAUUUCACGUGCAAAGUCACAAUCACGAAAGACCAUGGUGUGUUUGGGUAACUGUGAGCAGUUCAUGUAGCUGGAGUGUAAAGGGCUCAGAGCAAUGGCAGGAAGCAGCGGCGGACUGGGCUGGAAAUGUAUACAGGUACCGAAAGAAGACUCUGAGUUUUAUCGAGUAGGUGAAAAGGAGUCAUUAAAGCAUUUUAUGCAGGGAAGCUCUGUGAUCGUAUUUACUCUUUAGAAAGAGCACUUUGGCAGCCACAAUGUGAAGGGUGGAUUGGAGAGGGGCAAGACUGGGGAACGGGCAGCGAGGAAGAAGGAGUCAAGAAUGACGCCAAGGUUUUGAGCUUGGCUACAACCAGUGGGAUAGCAAUAUUGUUGAUUAAGACUGGAAAUACAUGAGUGAAGCAGGAUUGGAGAGGAAGAUGUCGAGAUCACUUUUGGACACUUUAGGCUUUUGAUUUCUAUUGGUCAGACACUGAUGUGGAGAUGUAAAUAUAAGUGGGGUUGGGAAGAAGGAAACCUGAGAACAAAAGCAGCAUUCACUUAAGUGAACUCUCUUAAUAAAGUCUAAGCUAUUUAAUCAUGGGAAUUUGAGCCACUUAUGUAAACACACCACAGCAAUCUAGUCUCUCAGGUAGUGCUUCUCUCUUGGCUUAUGGCAGAAAGGACUGCUGCUGCUCUUUGGAAUCUCCUUCCCAGACACCUUUCCAACUUUUAGUGACUGGGGGGUUGACUGCUAUUAACAAGUGAUUAAAAGACAUGCGACAGCAGAUUUGUGGAAAAUACAAAAAACGAUGAAACUGUCUCCUCCCAACGCCUUUCCUUACCAAAUUCCAUUUUCAAAGCUAACCUUUAAAAAGAAACAAACUUGAAGAUAACAACUUUAAAGCCACCUAAAAAUUACCUCAAAUAACCAAACUCUCGAGAUUUAGUAGUAAAAGGUAAUAGAACAUUAGGUCUGGAAAGGAUAUUAGAGCGUUUAGUGAAAACAACCUGCAUUGCAUCUGACUCCAGGUCCAGUGCUCUUUCUACUCUGAGCUGCUGCUUACCAGGAAGUACCAUCUUUUUAAAAAUCAAUGAAUGAUAUCCCAAACAUUUUAAAACAUAUGUCAAAUUUGAGUUAGAAUAGUUAACAUUUCACAGGAAUUCAACUGGUGCUAUAUAUUAUACAUAAUACAUUAUCCUGUUAAAUACGUUGACUAUUAAACAGACAAGGAAUUAUGAAUCUUUUGUCAUACAGUAUUUCUCAUUCAGUGGAGUCCAUCGUGUCCACAGUUUCAAAGCAGUAAUGAAUAGUAUUAGGGCAGUUGGGGAUGUCAGCCAGGACAUUUAAAAAUAACUUUGUUAUACAGAACUGGAUAUUAUAAUAUAGUCACUAAAAUUGGAUUCUAACAAUUCAAUAAACUUCUAAUGGAUCAAUUUAAAUAGUCCCCCAAACUGUGCUGUACCAGGAUUUGAUUUGUAUACCAUCUGUUGCAGUGCACUUGGUUUUACUUGAUUGUCAAUGAGAAAUACUACUUCCAAAUGCCUUCAUGAUUUUGUCCAUGCUAGACGUAGGAUUUUUUACUUCUUAUCCCUCUGAAAUUAUUAUCCUGAAGUUACCUUUCUUAGGCAUCUGUUUGCUGGGAAUCUUCAUAUAGAAGACAUUAAUAUUGUCUUGGGGAGUUGUUGACAGCAAUAAAUUAAAAUAAAAAAGGAGCGUAUGAU